AUGUCUGACCCCGAGGUCACGCUCGACAAUGUCGCGCAGAUCCUCGCGCACGACAACAAGGUCAAGCUCGCCGGCCUCGACGUCGACGGCAUCCUGCGCGGCAAGCUCGUCUCCAAGAAGAAGUUCCUAUCCAUCGUCAAGGACGGCUUCGGCUUCUGCUCCGUCAUCUUCGGCUGGGACAUGCACGACCGCACCUACUUCAAGGAGCUGGCCAUCAGCAACAAGCAGAACGGUUACCGCGAUCUGCUGGCCGUCCCGGACCUGCGCAGCUUUCGCCGCAUCCCCUGGGAGGACAACGUGCCCUUCUUCCUUGUCAGCUUCUUCGAUCCUGAGACACGGGCGCCUAUCUCGGCUUGCCCGCGCGGCCUGUUGAAGACGGCCGUCGCGAAGCUGGAAAAGCACGGUUACAAGGCCAUGGCGGGCGCGGAGUACGAAUUCUACCAGUUCCGGGCCCCUCAAAGCGCGUACAGCAACGAGCGCAACUCCUCGACGACCGCCUCCUUCCUCAAGAACAAUCCCGUCGAAGCGCUUCCGCCGCUGACGGAGGGCAUGUUUGGCUACAGCAUUACGCGGCCAGUGCACAACCAAGAGUACUACUACGGCAUCUUCGACGCGUGCGAGAAGUUCAGAUGUGACCUCGAGGGGUGGCACACGGAGAGCGGACCGGGCGUGUUUGAGGCUUCGUCUAGGUAUGUUGUCAAAUCGCUGGGCAGCAAAUACGGGAUCACCCCGGCCUUCAUGGCGAAGCCGCGCGAAGGACUGCCUGGCAACAGCGGCCACAUGCACGUGUCGAUCGUGUCGGACACGGGCAAGAAUCUGUUUGCCCGCGACACGCCGGAUCCCUCGCCGCCGUAUCCGGAAUUGGCUUACCUGUCGGAUCUGGGGAGACACUUCCUGGCCGGCUUGCUGACCGGUCUGCCUGAUAUCAUGCCGCUGUUCGCGCCCACGAUCAACUCGUACAAGCGGCUGGUCGAGAAUUUCUGGGCCCCGGUCACCGUCUCGUGGGGUCUGGAACAUCGCGCGGCUUCCAUCCGACUGAUCUCGCCGCCUACGUCCAGCGCCAAGGCGACGCGCUUCGAGGUGCGGGUUCCCGGGGCGGACGCCAACCCGCAUUUUGCGCUGGCGGCUAUCAUUGCGGUCGGGUGGCGCGGAGUGGAAAAGAAGCUCGAGAUCCCCGUGCCGCCGCUGGGGAAGGGCGAGGAGACGGGCAGCGCGAGCGACCAGGGCGCGCGGCUGGCCAGGAACCUCAAGGACGCCACGGAGCUGUUUAUGCGACCAGGCAGUGUGGCGCGAGAGGUGUUUGGGGACGAGUUUGUCGACCACUUUGGCGGCACGCGCGAGCAUGAAGUGCGUCUGUGGCAGGAGGCCGUGACCGAUUGGUGA